UUUUUUUUUUUCUGAAUAACCCCUUUAAUUUUGGUGAUUUUGUUUUUGGGUUUCAGUUGUUGAGUUGGAUGCAAAGUAAACUCCAAGGAAAAGUAAAAUUUCAGAACAAAGGAUCAUAUAAUUCUUCAAACCCUUCAACUAUUGAGCAACCAGCUGAAGAAUCCAGUGCUUCCUUGCCUCUUGGGUUACUAGCAAUUGGAACUUUUGGCAACAAUAUUAACGAGUUGAAAGUAGUGAAGACCGAUGACGAAAACGCUAUCAUCGAUGCUAAAUCUACAUUGAAUGAAACCGACGAUGACAACGACGGUUCUCUUGAAGGUGUCCCCGAAUUAGAAGAGGAGUUGGCAAAACUUUGGCAGCAGAACUCUGCACUUCGUGAAGAGGAAAGUGAUGAUUUUGAUGAUGACCAAAUAGAAGAACAAAUUGUGAAAAAGAACGUUGGUUUGGUGGUGAGGGAAUGGGAAGGUGAUGUUGAGAAAAACAAUGAUCCUCGCAUAUCCAUUGUGAAGAGAUCUGUAUCAUUUUUGAUUAAGAAGAUCUUUAUAUGUGGGAGCGGUUUUGCACCGUUGCCACCGUCGCCACCGCCAAACUUCAUGGACAGACCGCAAGACGCAACGAUGAAGAAGAUGUUGAGGAUGAUGCUGCAAAAGAAAAUUUACCCUAAGAAUUCUUCUCAAAUGGCUUCAUUGAAGAGAUUCCUAAAGGAGAAAGAGAGAAGAGAUAAGAGAAAUGAAGAUGAUGAAGAUGAGAGGUAAUUAUAUGAUAAUUGGAAGAAUGUGAAUUGAAAGGGUCAGAACCCAUUGAAUAAUAAUGUAAAAUGUAGAUAGAGUAUUAUUUUAAAUAGCCAAUAGCCAUAAACUCACAUGAUCUUCUUACCCUUUUUAACAAUUGUCCCCAAGGGUUGGAAAAAAUGUACUCCAUGUAUUUUUAAUUCUACUCAGCAAGAACUAGUUUUUAAUUAUCUA